AAAAAAACACGCAGGGUGGAGGGGGGCGCUAUAUAUACAAACAAAACACGUCAAUUUUAUAUAUGUACUUUGCUUUAUCUAUACAGUGCAACGAAACCUUUGUUUGUGUUCAUCAUCUGGCGCAGUUCUCGGCUGUUUUGAUUAAAUCUGUGUUUGUUUACGUCGGGCCAUGGCCGAGGCACCCGAGAGCGAGCCCGUGCCCUCCGCGAGCACCGAGUCCGAGAUGGCAGCCGCCCCUCCCGAUGAGAAAGAUGAAGAGGGCCCGCUGCCCGAAAAACGCAGAAAGUUAGAUAAGGAGAUGAGCGAGAAGCUCGAGCACAGGCUGGGCGGCAUCCUGUGCUGCGCGGUCUGCCUCGACCUGCCGCCCGCCGCCGUCUACCAGUGCAGCAACGGUCACCUGAUGUGCGCCCCCUGCUUCACUCACCUGCUGGCCGACGCGCGCCUGCGCGACGAAGCCGCCACCUGCCCCAACUGCCGCGUGGAGAUCUCCAAGACCUCGGCCUCCAGGAACCUGGCGGUCGAGAAGACCGUGUCCGAGCUGCCCUCCGAGUGCAAGUACUGCGCGCAAGUCUUCCCGAGACACUCGCUGCAGCAUCAUGAGGAGAAGAUUUGCGAGGACAGACUGACGGGCUGCCGGUACGCGUCGAUCGGCUGCGGCUGGCGCGGGCCGGCGCACGAGGCGCGCAACCACGAGGCGACCUGCGCGCACCCCGGCAAGAGCGCCGCGGAGGUUGUCGACGUGCUGGCUGAGAGAGAGAAGGCCGCCAGGGAAGCUAACGCAGUGUAUACGCAGGUGUUGGACCUGCUGUCCUAUGAGAAGAUCACUAUCAACGAUCUGCAGCUAAAACCAUACCGCACAGAGGAGUUUGUCCACAAGCUGUACUACGAGACGUCUCGCUUCAACGCGUUCGGCCACCAGUGGGUCGUCAAAGCCUUCGUGAACCGCAACCAGCGCGAUCCCACGCAAAGUACGCAGCGGGAGAUCACAUAUCAGCUAAUCUUAAAAAGCAAGACGCUAUCCCCCCUCCAAGUGCAGUGGGUGGGGCUGCGCGGGCCGUACGGCGAGGCGGGCGUGCGCGCGCGCGUGCAGCAGCACGUGUUCGCCGACGACGGGCCCGAGGCGCCGCCGCAGCCGCUGCCGCUGCGCGACCACCAGGACACCAACCGCCUGCUCGCCAACAAGGCUAUACACUUCCGACUCAUAAUGUUCCUGACGUCGAAGUGAUCAGCCGCUCUGGCGCUCGAGCAGCGGUUCCUGCUGCGCACGCGCCGCAUGCUGCGGCUCGCGCGCGACUGCUUCCUGCUCGUCGAGGGACAGCUCAGCCGGUACCUGCGGGACGUCGUCCCGUAACCUCAUCAUCAUCUGAAUUUUAACCCGAUUGUAUUAUAGUCACGGUAAGUUACCUUCAUUUAACAUUCACUGCCAACAAACGCGGACUCCGUCAGAACCCGUUUGUAUGGCGAGAACCCGCCUAGCGGAAUUCGGAAUCCGAGCAAAGUUCACGAGUGUUCAAGAAUAGUAGGGGCGCCACCGUCUAUGUAAACAGCAUUGCAUAUGGCAACAAUUUUGACACUUCUGUAUGAGAAAAGUAAGUGUUGCUAUGAUAAUAAAAAAAAAUAGUUCCAAUUUUUUUUUUUGCCAAACUGUAGGUGUUCAUUGCCUUAUGCUUCAACUGUAAUAAGAAAAAAAUUCUGCUGGAAUUUCAAUGUCGUUAUUGCACUAGAAAGAUUAAGACCUAAAGGAAUGACUCAUACCCGUGACUAUACAUUAACCGGGUCUGACUUCAGACAUAGAUUAAAUAUAAGAAGAUCAUACCAUCCCAUAAUUCCCAUACAUUAAAAUGCUACCGCCUAAGAACGACACUACACCACACAUAGAUGGCGCCACAAAAAAAUGUCUUGUAG